UCUUCCCUACAUGGGCCACUCUGUCAGGUGCAGCACACCUCACACCUUCUCUUCCUCUGCUCGCUGAGGUUUUUCCUGAAGAACAGAAUGCCUCUGCAGUCCACUCUGUCCGGCAGGAGCUCGGGCUCCAGCCAGGUGGUCAACACUCAGUGGGAUGGUAAGUCGUUUGAGCAGCUCCGGCGGGAGUGCCUCCAGAAGGGGGUCCUGUUCGAGGACCCAGACUUCCCUGCCACCGAUGCCUCCCUCUUCUUCAGCCAGAGCGUUCCUGUCCAGAUUGAAUGGAAGAGACCACAUGAGAUCUGCCAGAACCCAAAGUUCAUUGUUGGUGAUGCAAACAGGACUGACAUCUGCCAGGGACAGCUGGGGGACUGUUGGCUCCUGGCAGCUAUCGCCUCUCUGACCCUAAAAAAGGAUGCUCUGAAUCGAGUCGUUCCCCACGACCAAAGCUUUGACCAAGGAUACGCCGGCAUCUUUCACUUCCAGUUCUGGAAACACAACAAAUGGCUGGAUGUGGUGAUGGACGCAGACCUGCCAGAGCCCCCGAUGCCCAGCCCUCCAGAGGAGGAGAGCGAUGAGGAGAAAGGCCUGAGGAGGCUGUUUGAGCAGCUGGCCGGUUCGGACCAGGCUAUCUCUGUGAUGGAGCUGCAGCAGAUGCUGAAUGGUGUUCUCAGUCGACGAAAAGAAAUCCAGUUUGAAGGGUUGAGCCUCAGCACCUGCCACAGCAUCAUGAACCUGAUGGACGUAUCCUUCAACCGUUUAUAUGGGAAAAUCCUCCUCUGUCUUAAGGCUUCAAAAACAGAUUACUUAAUACAUUUGGAUGAUAGUAGAACUUUCUCCACUAUAACCUCUGAUUUCAAACCAUUUAGUAAAGCAAACACAAGUAAAAUACUGUUUUCUCUAUAACAACAGAAAGCUACA